AUGCUUACGAUAGCUUGGUUCGUACUUGAUUUUAUCGCACUUAAAAAAUCGUGCGACUCAAAAACCAUUAGUCAUGCCACUCAAAAACAUAAUAAUGAAGAUGAGCGCGAUUAUAUAGAACUAGCUGCAGAGAUUAUUGAUUAUUGUUCUAUGGCGCUGUUGAGUUUGUUCCUUGUUGAAGUACUCAUCAAAAUCUAUGUAUUUGGACGGCAUUGGUGGAAUUUCCAAGAGAAAAGAAUGGAAUGGUUGGAUGCCAUUGUUGUGAUUGCUGCUUUCGCUUUCGGAUUAGCUACUAUGCAUCGACAAGACCUUUUUGCUGGAAUACCCUUACUUUUCAUUUCUCUUCGUCUGUGGCGUAUUAUUGAAAUUAUCAAUAGUGUGGCUCAGACUGUUCAAAGCGAAGAGGAAAUUCGAAAGAAACAUUUGGUUGAUAGCUAUCAUCAUCUGAUCGAAGAACUCUUGAAUAUUUUAGAAAAAAAAACUUUAACGAUUUCUGACGUUGGCCCUGAAAUGACACGAGAAACUUAUGAUGAAACUCUUGAGUAG